GCGGCACCACGCACGCCCUUCCCGGCCAGGCGGGCGCAGUGGCUCUGCCCCAGGGGAGGACAGGGCAGCACCACGCCGCUCCCAUUCCAACCGUGACCAGGGCCAGCCGCUUUCCCUCCCUGUUUGCUUUCAGGGUGGUUGUCUCUGCUGCUGUUCAGGGCAGGAGGCUGGUCUUGCUUGCACUGCAGUCCAAAGAAGUGCAACGGAGGAGGGCUGGAGGACGCUGCCAGCUCCCCAUAGCACGCUCUUUUCCUCUGCCCUUUACUUCACAAGACACUAGAGGUAUUAUUGCUCCCUUUUCUUUUUCUGCCUGCUCCUGCCAAGCCUCGGCUCCCUGGGAUCUCUCUGGCAGGUGGGAAGGAGCCAUGCCCUACCUGUACCGGGACUUGAAGCCGAGGUCGCCGGCGCUGCCUAGUGCUGCAUGUGCCACACACAGCUCGGGGAAGUCCUAUGAGGAGCUGAAGCAGGAGUGCCUGCGCAGGGGAGUCCUCUUUGAGGAUCCCGACUUUCCUGCCUGUGACUCCUCUCUCUUCUUCAGUGAAAAGCCACCUAUUCCCUUCAUCUGGAAGAGGCCCAGGGACAUUGUCAAAGACCCCCAGUUUAUCCUUGGAGGAGCCACAAGAACAGACAUUUGUCAAGGGGAUCUUGGUGACUGCUGGCUAUUGGCAGCCAUAGCUUCUCUCACACUGAACAAAAAAACACUAUCAAGAGUGGUGCCACUGGAUCAAAAUUUUGGGCCAGAUUAUGCUGGAAUAUUUCAUUUCCAGUUUUGGCAGCACAACGAGUGGCUGGAUGUCGUGAUUGAUGACAGAUUACCCACCUUCAAUGGCCGGUUGGUUUUCUUGCACUCGGCUGAAUGCAAUGAAUUUUGGAGUGCCUUACUAGAGAAAGCCUAUGCCAAGCUGAACAGCAGCUACGAGGCUCUGAAAGGAGGCAGCACAAUAGAAGCCAUGGAGGAUUUCACUGGGGGCGUAGGAGAAACGUAUGAGGUUAAAAAGGCUCCUGACAAUUUCUAUGAAAUCCUAGAGAAAGCUCUGAAAAGAUGCUCCAUGGUGGGCUGCUCCAUUGAUACCAGCAGUGCUGCCGAGUCAGAAGCCAAAACCCCCUUUGGCCUUAUAAAGGGCCACGCUUACUCUGUGACUGGCAUUGAUGAGGUGAGCUAUCGGGGCCGGCAAGUGCAGCUCAUAAGGAUAAGGAACCCCUGGGGACAGGUCGAGUGGAAUGGCCCUUGGAGUGACAACUCUCUGGAGUGGCGUUCAGUCAGCCCAUCAGAGCAGAGACGCCUGUCUCAGGCAGCACAGGAUGAUGGAGAGUUCUGGAUGAAAUUUGAAGACUUCAAAGUCCAUUUUGAUAAAGUUGAGAUCUGCAACCUGACUCCAGAUGCCCUGGAUGACAGCACUGCGCACAAGUGGGAGGUGACCAUCCACCAGGGGAGCUGGGUCCGGGGAUCCACUGCAGGAGGAUGUAGAAAUUUCCUAGACACUUUCUGGACAAACCCACAAAUCAAGCUGCAUUUGACAGAAAAAGACGAUGGACAAGAUGAGUGCACAUUCAUAGCGGCGCUGAUGCAGAAGGAUCGCCGUAAACUCAAGAAGCUUGGAGCUGAAAUGCUAACCAUAGGCUACUCUAUUUAUGAGAGCCCCGGCAGAGAUGGACACUUGGGCAAAGACUUCUUCAGGUACCACCCCUCCAAGGCCAGGAGCAAAACGUAUAUUAAUUUAAGGGAAGUGUCUAACAGAUUCAAGCUGCCACCAGGAGAUUACAUUCUUAUUCCAACCACGUUUGAGCCGCACCAGGAGGCAGAUUUCUGCCUGAGGAUUUUCUCUGAGAAGAAGGCCAUCACUGAGGAUCUAGAUCAGAACGUUGCCAUUGAUCUCCCUGAGCCCAUAACCCCAACCCCAAACCCAGAAGAAACUGAAGAAGAAAAGCUUUUCAAGACACUGUUUGAGCAGAUUUCAGGAAAGGACAUGGAGAUAUCUGCAGAAGAACUUGAAUAUGUUCUGAGCGCUGUAUUAAAAAGAACAAAGAACAUCAGAUUCAAGAACUUAAGUCUCAUUUCAUGCCGAAAUAUCAUUUCUCUGAUGGAUACCAACGGCAACGGGAAACUGGAAUUUAAUGAGUUCAAAGUUUUCUGGGAAAAAAUGAAGAAAUGGAUAAAUAUCUUCCUUCAAUUUGACUUUGAUAAAUCUGGGUCCAUGUCCUCCUAUGAGCUUCGCAGUGCACUUAAAGCUGCAGGAUACCAAUUCAGCAACUACCUGCUGCAACUGAUUGUCCUCCGAUACUCUGAUGAACAGUUCCAGAUUGACUUUGAUGAUUUUCUGAACUGCUUAAUUCGCUUAGAGAAUGCAAGUCGAGUAUUCCAAGCUCUGAGUGUGAAAAACAAGGAGUAUAUUAACCUGAAUAUAGGCGAGUUUAUCAACCUGGCAAUGAAUAUCUGAAGAAGUCUGACUUGGAUGCCAGAAGCUUCUGGUGACAUUGCUGCUGAGACUUCUGUCCCAAACAGCUGAGGUCCCCUUUGCAUGCAGACUUCACCAGGAGAUUUCAUGAGGAGCAACAUGCAUGCUGCCCACCCUUUCUGGUCCCCAGCCCUCUUGAGGAGUUUAACAGUCAGAUCAUAGUUUGGUUUUGGUAAAGCCUGAUACUGGAUUUAGUACUGUGAGAGGCAUUUGGAUGGGGCACACAUGCCUCUCCAAGAGCCUGAAAUUGACACCCCUGUGUGACCACAGGGUUUUGCAAAAUCAGAUUGUAUUUAGUUUCAGCACAGCACAGACUAUGGUGAUUAAAGGUCUUUAUAGCUCCUUGGGUAGAGAUUACUGUAAGGUGCUUUUGAAAAUAUAAGGUUGCAUAAAUCUUUGUUCCAUUUGGAAUUUAUUUCCAACAUGCUGUGUAGCUACACAAAAAGCCCCCUGUUACAGCCACCUGAACUGCAGUCUGGUGGACAAAGGAAGGCCAUGGAAUGUCUGGAUUAAAUUCAGCCUUGAAUAUUUAUGACAGAGGUCCUUGGUCCAAGCUUCCUUAGAAGGAUGUUUAAGCUAAGGUUUUACAUUCAUCACAGAUUUAGUUUAGAGCAAAAAUGCUGUGUUUCACUUUCUAUCAGUCCUUUUCUGCUACUGACAAAGUUCCUCCGUUACGUGGCAGACCAUGUCCUGCAAACCAAUUUCGGCAGCGUUGCACACAGCUUGCCUUCAUCUUCAGAGGAGCACGUGGCCCUGAAACAGGGAUCGCUUGUGUUGGGCCAUUUUCCUCCAGGCAGUCCAAGACUGUGUCCCACUACAACCAUGCUCCAGAAGAGCAGCUGUAAUAAUUUUAGAUGAAUUAAAUGUGCUUAUUGGUAAGGCCCUGAUCUCUGCAGCUAUUGCUGUUUUGCAUUGCUAUUUUGCAUCUGUGACUUACAUAGUAUGAUUCAUGUGAUGUGGGUAGCCAGUGCUGACUUUAAAAAUAACAUUAAUAGAAGCCAGGGAUUUAAGAGGUCUUCAUAGGAUUUGUUUCCAUGAUUAUCUUCAUAACAUAUGUCUAUUUUAUAAUGAAUCAACUGUCUGGAUUUGUUUUGUGAAACCUUUCUUGCAGUGACAGAGAUGGCCCUAGAAUAACCUUGCAUUCCCUACUGUCCAGAAUCAUUGAGACAGCCAGGGGUUUGUUUUCUCUAGAUUUAGACCUAAUGAACAGUUCUGGAAGGAAGAUCAAGCUGCAGGAAAGGCGAAGUUCAAACAAUGAAAAAAGCAGGGAUCAUGAUAUUUAAAAUAACCACUUUCUUUUUUUAUAUUACAAGAUUAUAGUUAUAAUCUUGUAACUAUGCAGAAAAUGCUCUAGAGCUGACUGAAAGCUGAGCUAAAGCUAAUGGUUGCAGUAUUUGAUUAACUGAGGUACGCAGCCCCAUGAGGUAUAUUGAUUUUCAGAUGUGCUGAUUGUAUGCCCUUUUGACAGCACUGGAGGCAGCUGUCUAAAUUUGUGAAAGUUUGGAUUAAAAUCUAGACUGUUCUCUAAA